GUGGCGCGGGUAGCUAUGGCGGUUCCGCGCCGCGGGCGGGAGGCCCUAAGGUCUUUUCUGUGCCGCGGCCUCGCGGGCAGCGGCUGCCGGCUCGAUCCGGAGCGCGGGCCCGAGCGGAGGGACGCGGCGCCGGGCCGGGCCUCAAGAUUCUGCCCUCCAAGAAAAUCUCACCACGAUUGGAUUGGACCCCCAGAUAGACAUUCCAACCUCCGCCCCAUUCACUUCUACAAGCCUGAAAAAGAGUCAUUGUUGGAACAGAAGCUCAGAGAACUAAGACAAGAAACACAAGAAUGGAACCAGCAGUUCUGGGCGAACCAGAACUUGAGUUUCAGCAAGGAGAAGGAAGACUUCAUCCAUGCGAGACUGCGAGCCCGAGGCCUGGGGCUGGGGGCGGAAUCAGGUCCAAAAGGAACGCUGAGCGCAGAAGACAUGGCAGACUUCUACAAGGAAUUUUUAAGUAAAAAUUUCCAGAAGCACAUGCAGUAUAACAGAGAUUGGUACAGGCGUAACCUUGCCAUCACCUUCAUCAUGGGCAGAGUGGCCCUGCAGAGGAUUUGGAACAGGCUGAGAUGGAAGCCGAAGAGGAUGAGCCCUUAGCUGCCCCAGUCCUGAUGUGGCCAUGAGCCAGCUGCCCCUCAGGAGGGCCUGUGAGUGACUCAGGUCACUGUGUCUCAGGGCAGGGCCUCCUGCUCCCGAACUGCUGGGUCCAGCUGGGUACUCGACACGGAUGUGCUGUUAAAUAAAGCUCUGGCACUGCGUGCCUGACUCCUGA